ACCAUCUCCCAGAGCUCCUCCGCGCUCCCUUGCUCCCCUCGCAGCCCUGGAGGCCCAGGCCACGCCCCCAGCGGCCCAUUCGUUCGUUCGUCCCGCGGGCGCCCCCGCACACCCCUUUUGCGGGUGUCCCAGCAGGCUGAGGCGCUGCUGCCGAGCGCUGAACCGAGACGUGGCUCCCGGGCGGAGGAGCCAUGUUGGACUUCGCGAUCUUCGCCGUUACCUUCUUGCUGGCGUUGGUGGGAGCGGUGCUCUACCUCUACCCGGCUUCCAGACAAGCUGCAGGAAUUCCAGGGAUUACUCCAACAGAAGAAAAAGAUGGUAAUCUUCCAGAUAUUGUGAACAGUGGAAGUUUGCACGAGUUCCUGGUUAAUUUGCAUGAGAGAUAUGGGCCUGUGGUCUCUUUCUGGUUUGGCAGGCGCCUUGUGGUUAGUUUGGGCACUGUUGAUGUGCUAAAGCAGCAUAUCAACCCCAAUAAGACAUCGGACCCUUUUGAAACCAUGCUAAAGUCAUUAUUAAGGUAUCAGUCUGAUAGUGGGAACGUGAGCGACAACCUCAUGAGGAAAAAAUUGUAUGAAAAUGGUGUGACUAAUUCUCUGCGGAGUAAUUUUGCUCUCCUGCUAAAGACCUCAUCCUGUGAGUUCUGCUUCCUUCCUGCCCUGACCGUCGCUGCUCCAAGGCUGUGUGUAAACGUCCGCUUUAGUUCUCUUUCGGAAGAAUUGUUGGAUAAAUGGCUCUCCUACCCAGAGUCCCAACAUGUCCCUCUCUGCCAGCAUAUGCUUGGCUUUGCAAUGAAGUCUGUUACGCAGAUGACAAUGGGUAGUACAUUUGAAGAUGAACAAGAAGUCAUUCGCUUCCAGAAGAAUCAUGGCACAGUUUGGUCGGAGAUUGGAAAAGGCUUUCUAGAUGGAUCACUUGAUAAAAGUACAACUCGGAAAAAACAAUAUGAAGAUGCCCUUAUGCAACUGGAAUCUAUUUUAAAGAAAAUCAUAAAAGAACGAAAAGGAAGGAAUUUCAGUGAACAUAUUUUCAUUGACUCCUUAGUACAGGGGGACCUUAAUGACCAACAGAUCCUAGAAGACAGUAUGAUAUUUUCUCUGGCCAGUUGCAUAAUAACUGCAAAAUUGUGUACCUGGGCAGUCUGUUUUUUAACCACCUAUGAAGAAGUUCAGAAAAAACUAUAUGAAGAGAUAGACCAAGUUUUUGGGAAGGGACCUGUAACUCCAGAGAAUAUUGAGGAGCUCAGGUAUUGUCGGCAAGUACUUUGUGAAACUGUUCGGACUGCCAGACUGACCCCAGUUUCUGCCCGGCUUCAAGAUAUUGAAGGAAAGAUCGACAAAUUUAUCAUUCCUGGGGAGACCCUUGUCCUCUAUGCCCUUGGAGUGGUGCUUCAGGAUCCCAGUACUUGGCCAUCACCAUACAAGUUUGAUCCAGAGCGGUUUGAUGAUGAAUCGGUAAUGAAGACUUUCUCCUUGCUUGGAUUCUCAGGCACACAGGAAUGCCCAGAGCUGAGGUUUGCAUAUAUGGUGACCACAGUACUUUUGAGUGUACUGGUGAGGAGACUGCACCUACUUUCUGUGGAGGGACAAGUUAUUGAAACUAAGUAUGAACUGGUAACAUCAUCCAAGGAGGAAGCUUGGAUCACUGUCUCAAAGAGAUACUAAAAUUAUAUACACUUAACUUUGUUGAGGGAAAUGACCAUUUAGAAAAUAUGUAUUGAAUCCUUUUAUAAGGCAAGCAUCAUUGUAUAAUAUAAACACUUAUUAGUACUUCAUCAUGUAAAUUUGAAUUUUUGUAUAUCAGAGUUUCUUAAUGCAUUGUAUACUUUUAUACUUAUUGAAUCAAUAUAGUGAUAAUUUUAAUGGGAGGACUUCUACUUUUAACUUUUGUUUUAUCAGUUUCUAUGUCAUUGUUUUCAUAUUCUUAGCGUUAGUUUGAUCUCUAAAAUUAAUAUACUUGAAGAGAAAUUAUUUUUCACAAUAAUGUUUUUUAAAUAUUCAUAAAAGAGAAAAAUAACUCAUUUUCACGCUUUCAGUAAAUCAGGGACUUUAAAGGGGACUUUACAUAAAAAGGAAAAGAAAAAAAGGACUUUAUAUAAUUUUAUUUAUUGGAUUAAUAUUUUUAUUUUCUGAGUAUAAAUUAGUUUGUGUUUAAUCAUUGUUAUUAGGUUUGAGUAAUUCAGUAAAUAACAUACCUUGUAUUUGCUUGUAUGCCUUCCCAGACAGCAGUGUUUAUUUUAUGACUUGUACAUUGCUCAUCAUUUUGAACACUUCUGAAUCAUUUGGAAAAUAAUACAGUUAGUUCUGAAUGUGUUUUGAAGUGGUGUCCUUCCUAAGUAGCAAACUAAGAGUGAGGCUUGUCUGUCCUUGUUUUGCUGGGAAUUGUAGUAACACUAUAUUACUCCACUAAUCAUCAUUUGUGGAAAAAAAAAUUCCUGAAUUUAUUUAUUAUUAUGUCAUAUCCUAAACAUAAGAAAUGAGAGAGCAUUAACUAAAAACUGAAACCAAAUUUAAAAGAAAGAAAAAAAAGAUGGGUCGAAAAUAUUUGCAAAAUAUAUGACAGAAAGGGAUAAUAUCCAUAUUACAUAUAAAGAGGUCAUACAGAUUGUUAAGAAAACAUACAAUAGAUAAAUGGACAAAACAGCUUUUAUAAGGGGAAACAGCUAAUAAACUUUUAGAAAAAUGGUCAGUCUAACGAGUAAGCAGAGAAAUAUUGGGGCUUUUUCAAAAAUAAGUAUCUUUCAAAUUUAUAUUUUAGUACUGGUAAGUUUUAUAUUUAAUGCUUUUUUAUUGACAGCAUUGUAUUUUAGUUUGCUUUCUUUGGUUACAUUGUUCUUGAAUAAUUCUUUUUUUAAAAUAUGUUUUUUUAAAGAUAAAAGGAGAUAUGAAGGAAAUAUGCCAAGUGCUGAUAGAGAGGAAAGGAAGAAUAGUGAUAAAUGUUUGCAGAUGGGCUUAUUUUUGACACUGCUGAAUUUCUCUUGUAAUUUUAGUUUCAAGAAUGUACGUGUUAUUAAUUGAGUUAUUUUAUGUUGUGUUUAUGGUUAUAUAGCUAACAUUUUAGACCUAGUAAUAAGUAGUUAAACAUAGAAACUAAGUAACUAGAUGCAGCCUUUAUUUCUGACAAAAGCAUUUAAUUUAUGGAAUAAUUUAGAUUCUGAAACUUUAAGUGAAAUGUAUUCUUAGUUCCUAGCAUCAUGUUUCUACAAAGGCAUGUUGUUACAUUUAUUCCCUGUCGCCUAUCAUAUUCUAUGGUUUUGCAUAUAAAGAGCAUCUUCCUUUGUUAUCCAGGUACCUUAAUUGGUUUGGAAACUGGCACUGGAAGGUUAGAGUAGCCAGUUGAUAUGUAAACCAAGUGUCAGUAAAAUCAGAUGAGACCAGCAGAAUUUUAAAGCAAGUGCGACCUGAUCAGCCAUAAUCAAAGCAAAAACAGGGUAACUGACCCAGAGUCAGGGUGUUGGCAUGUUGCCAAUAAGUGAGACAAUGUAUAAUAAUGAUGGAAUUGAGGAAAAUGGAGCAUAGAAGAAUCGGGUAAAUAAGCAUAUUUUAUCCAGAGUUACAUAAAGAACUUGAAACAUUAAAAAUAAGUCAUUUUUCUAGAGGAUUUUUAAAAAAUAAAAAUUACUGUUAAUCAUAUGUAAAAUAAGUUAUCCAUUCACUGCUGUUCUUACGUGGCCCUUUGUAUUUGUCAAAUGACCUAAAUUUUAGUAGCCUCAGUGUUACGGAUGGCUCGUAGCAUGGCUCUAGCAGGACUCUUAAAUGUUAUAGCUUUUUGGCUUUUUAAAAACUAUUUCUUCACUGAUUUUGAUCUACAUUCUUUUUGAUAGUUCAGAAGUUUAUUGUUAAAAACAUCAACACAACACAUUUUUUAUGGAAUGAAAGGGCUCUUCCACACUUUGUGCUAAUAAAAUUUAAAACAGAAUUAAUUCUGUGCAUAUGUUUGGGAAAAAUGAAAAACUCACAUGCUGUUUGGCCCACAAAUGUGCAGUUUCAUUUUUUUAUAUAAAUAGAUUCUAUCUUAUUUAUAGACUCAAUAUCAAAAUUUGUUUUCUUUAUAUUAAAAUAGUUUGUAUUUUAAAGACAAAAUGCUCUAUUUUUUAUUAGAAAAUUAUAUGGGUUUAUUGUAGAAAAAUCUAGGAAACAUAGAAGCACAAAAAUAGGAAACUCCAUCACCACUAUUUGAACUUAACCAGUGUUAAGCUUCUGAGGUGGAUCCUUCUACAUUUUAAUCCACAUGUAAUUUUUACAGACAUAUUAUACACAAUGUUCUCUUCAUUUAAUAUGUUAUGAACCAGUAGUGUUUUCCACAGCUGGAACAUUACUAUUCUUCUCACUCAGAAUGUAGGCACAGACUUGUCAAUCUUUUUCUCUACCUCUUUCCCUUCUCAAAUAUUGUUAUUCUUUUCAACUUUAAAAAUUGCCUUACUUCUCCAUCUGUUCUAUCAGAACAGUUAUAUAUUAGUAGAACCAAGUUGCUAAAGUCAUAGCAUAAUCUAGGUGUUACAAUGAGCAUUUAAGAAAUGAAAUUACUCCAUUAUCCUAAGAAAAAUCUUCAAUAUAAUUAAGUUCAAAUUGGGAUAGCAUUUCAUCUUUUAAGAGGACAUUUUAAGAAUCUUUGUUGUUUUUGGACUCUGGGGGAAACAGAUUAAAAUCCUUCCCUGAAGACAUGUUUAUUUUUUUCUCCAGACCCAUAAAAAGUACUGUGACCCUUUAUAAAAUGUACCUUUUUUUCACAUGUGGUUCUGUUGACACAUUGAAAACUGCUUAAAAAAUCAUAAUUCUACUGAGUGUGUAAAAGUGAAGACAUGGCCGGUAGAAUCAAGGAGUCAUUUAGUAGCUGUGAGAAGAUAGCUGCGAGAGAAAUGGAGACUGUUUUCAAGGGUGGGUUUUUAUAUUGUCAACAAGUUGAUGCUAACGACCUUGUUUUUCUUCUUAGCCAGUCCUAUGCCUGUUUCCUAAGUUCCGAAGACCAAUGAUGAAGGUAGAAGGGGAGGAGUUGGGGGAAGGGAGGCAGUGACAACAAAGCAGUUGCUGUUAUUGCAGAAGUCAGAAAAUCAGCGUGGCCAGAAAGGCUCGAUACUGUGUUGCGUUGAGCAUUGUCAGUGAUCUGCCCUGAUAAAAGGGAGUGAGACUGAGACUUGCCGAAGUAGAACAGGGGACUGGAAUGAGCAUUUGUUACAAACCAAAUUCUUUAUACACCCAUCUCAUUUAGUCCUUAGAAAGUAAUAGUAGGUAAGUACAGGUGGGACUAACUAAAAUAGUUCUUCAUUCCUGCUAGAAGAAAUACUGUAAAGAAAGACAGCAAAUACUAGCUAAGAAACAGUAAGAGAUCUAAACUUCAGAUUAUAUUAAUAGCUUCAGUGGGUUUUAGUGGGAUUUUGUUCUUAUUUAAGAGAGAACCAAGCAAUAGUUUCAAAUGAUGUAUAGUUCAUAAUAGCUAAAGAAAAUGAUUAAAAGAAUAAUGUAACAGCAGUAUUAAAAGAAAUCUCAAAGGAAACUAAAUACUGCCAACUCAACUGCCACUUGUACAACCGUUUAAAUUUUUUCCUGUUCCCACAUAACGUAUAUUUCUACCUAUUGCAAUCAGAACAAUUUGGUCUACUUUUCAUUUAAUGCAUUUCAGACAUUUUCUUUUGUUACUUCAAUUUUGUAAGGUCUUAUUUUGGGGUGGGAGUAGACUUUUAAAAUACAAUAGAAAUCAGUUUCAUGUUUGAUUUAUAGAAUUUUAUGACACUGAGUGAAUGGAUAAUUGUCAAAUUUGAGCUGGGAGCCAUUUUGUAAAAUAUCCAGACAGUAAACAAAAGGCAGGAAAUGACGUUCCUUCUUCCAGUCGGCUUCCCAUUCAGUCAGUUUACAGUUUGGUGGCUGUCCUUCUACAGACUGGGAAUGGAUCUUGUUAUAGCAUGGAUAAACUGCCAGGAGCAAAUAAGUCACAAAUAAUCCUGUUUGGUAGUUUUUUUAAAAAUCUACCUUUAUAUACAUCUAAAAUAUUUGCAUAUUCUUGUUUUAAUUUUUAACACAUGAUAGUAGAGAAUGAAACUUACUUUGUAACUAUAUUAUAGAUAAAGUUGUAAUGUGCCUGUCUCCAAAAAGGCAAUCAGUAAAUAUUUUUGAAUAAAUGAAUGAAAUCUUCAUUGAGGUUUUCUCUGCAUAUAGAAUAAAGGAGAUUAUUGAAGUUACUUAAUAGUUGAAAAAGAUUUCCAGAUAGCCAAACUACCUCUAAUGGUAAUAGCACUUUGUGAUAUGCUAAGUACCCCAUUGCUGGAAGUAUUUAAGAAGAUGUGGUAUGGACAUCUUUCAGUGAUGCCUGUAUUAGGUGUGAACAUAGGUUUAUAAUAGCCUAUAGUUCUACAAAAUAUCAACCAAAAUAGUUGGUAAGCAAGUAGUCCUUUGUUCCUUCUAUAUCUUAUCACUAGAUCAUCAUUAGAACUAGGAAAUGUUUAAGGAUCAGAGUUUUUUUAUUAGGUUAGCAACAGCAUUAUUUCCCAAAGUGUGUCUCAUGUUACCCUAUCCUAUGAGAUACUCUGAGAAAAAGUUUCCUUGAUCAUAUUCAUUCUCAGUUUAUAUACAUAUAUUCUUUCUCAGAACGCAUAUUAAUAUAUUGGAAGAGCUGAGAAGUUCUACUGUAAGGAAACCUAAUUUAACUUGGUGUAACACUGAGUGUUCCAAAUGUAUUUGAUGAUGGUACCGCUUUUUCAAGUUAUACCUAUUAUCCUGAAAAACCAGUGUUUCAUGGAGAUGUCGUGUUCAGUAGAUCUAUAGAUGUCGUGUCCAAAAUGAUCUACAGACAAAAGGAGUCUAAAGGAACAUCUGUCUUAGGUAGUUCUUUAACCUAUGCAUGGUCCAGAGAUUCUCCAGACUAGGAGUGACCGUAUUAGAACCAAGGCACCUGAAUUCCAUGUUCUCUCACUCCCUCACCUCCUCCUCUUUUCCCUGUCAGAGGACAGAGCCCUCUUACUCUCCUGACUCUCUCCGUCUCCUGACUUCCAUUUCUGUCCAAAGAAAUGUGACCCAUUUAGUUAGGCAACACUUUUUUAUUGGUCACUUAAUGUGUGUCAGAUCUUAUUCCAGACGCUGGGGAUAUAGCACUGAGCCAAACAGACAUGGAAUUUACUGUGUUCUCUCUCUUCUUCCCAGGAGGAAGAAGCCCAGUCUCAUGUGCCAAAGCUUAACUUUCUAGCACUUGAGCUCUCUAGGUCCUGGGUUUGGAAGCAACUCAAGGACCCUUUAGGUUAGUGGCUGAAAGGGACAAAGGAAGGAACUUGUAGUUGACUACACGACAAAGAACAGAAGGCUUCAGUUACAGUCUGUAGAGGCAAAAGAAGCACAAGGAACCGUUGGGAGUCAAACCAUUAUUUUUGUUACUUUUAGUUUAUGAGCAAGAGAAUUAAACUACGUAUCUUAUCAAGGAAAACUGUCAACAUUGAUGCUGAAUAGAAAUACUGGAGAUUUUGUUCAGAGCGAGAAGAAACAAAGCUAGGAAUUGGUUUGACUAGGUUAAAGAGCAAUAUUGAUUAUAGUCAUUUGUAUGAAUUGUUCAAUGAUACUGCAGCACUAGGUGUGUUCAUCUUUCCUGAUUUGUUGCUGUGUUGCAAGGUCAGCAGCUAAUAGAUAAUUGAUUUUUAGAGCUUAAAAGGACCUUGUAGAGAUUAUAUGGCAUAGCCUGCUCACAAUUUAAAAUUUUAGAGGGGGAAAUCUAGGGCCUCUGGGAGUAAAAGAGUAGCAUUAUUUGGCUUUCAUUUUGGAUUUUCUCAUAGCCUUCCAAAGAUAGGUGCUUAAGUCAAUGCUGUUAUUAUAUUCAUAGGAUUUUGUUAAGCUUCCAAGGAAGUGUAGAUUCAAAGGGAAUUGGAAAAAAUUUGUUUAAUAUUCUUGAUACAGAGCCUUUGAGGGAGAUGCAAAUGUGUUUUGAAUGUUAAAUUUACUUAAAUUUAAAAAUACAUAUCUUCAAGCGAAGUUGCCAUGACAACCUUUCUUAAUGUGUGUAUAAAAUUUAUGUCUGUCUCUGAGGUUUUCAUCUUUCUCAAUACAGGGUUUAAUCACAAGAAUUGGGCACUGUGGUGUAUUUCUAUCUAGAUGGUGCCCUGUGGGAAUUAUAUAAUUUUGAAAAAUGCAAAUCAAGCAUCAGAGCAGUUCUUUAGCGUGGUGAUCCCACCUAGGUAAAUGUCAUCUUGUUCUCUCCAUGAUCAGAGAUUGAUCUGGCUUCAAACCCAAGAUGAAAUUCUGGAUUGAAAUAGAACCAUGAGUCUGUUCUGAGUUUCUGUUUUUUUCAUAUUUAGAGGAUUUGUAGGAGGGCCCUAGGAGGUUUGGGAAAUUUUGGACUAAAUCUCUUGGAUAGCUCCCAAACUGAUCCAGUCUCCUUGGGAUCAUCUAAAUCUAAUCCAUAGUAUAGGUUGACUCAGAACCACAAGAGACAGCUCUACAAUGGCCAGCCGUGUGCACAGAGACACCCCAGAGACUCCUUCUGGCCUGAACUCCAAUCCAGCAAUCCUAGAGAGAUACCAUUAUCAGACCUCUUCACUUACUUUUACCUCACUUCAUAUACACUUGUCUGUCAGUCUCUCUUUUGCACGUCAGGGGCCAGGAGAAGAGUACUAGGAUUUUGGACACCCAAAGUUUAGGAGGAAGGAAUUCUCAUCCUCAAUUCUGGAAAUAUGAAUUUAUUAAGCAGUGGAAUAAGGGGGUGGUCACUGGUACCUUCUGGUAACUAUGACUUGAAUUUGAGAACUCAACAUGGGUGCCUGCGAUUUUGAGAUGCUUGCUAAAGAGCUAUGUUUGUUUGUGUUUUAUAUUUUAGUUCCUCUGUGGUAUAGUAAAAAAUAAUUUUUUUUUUUUGCAAUUUAAGAACCCCUGAAGAUAAUUAAUUAAAUUGAGAUUAGAAGUAUGAUCUACUAAUGUGCUAGCUUUGAAUUUACUUUAGUCUUAAUAGACUUUGUAAAACUGUGUUACAUUUAAGAGACUCCACGGAUAUGUUCUAAUCCAAUAGCCUUAUAAAAGGGGGAAAUGAAAGCUGAGAGAACUUAUUUUAUUUUAUUUUAUUUAUUUUAUUUUUUUAUUUUUUUCUUUUUUGCGGUAUGCGGGCCUCUCACUGUUGUGGCCUCUCCCGUUGCGGAGCACAGGCUCCGGAUGCGCAGGCCCAGCGGCCAUGGCUCACGGGCCCAGCCGCUCCGCGGCAUAUGGGAUCCUCCCAGACCGGGGCACGAACCCGUAUCCCCUGCAUCGGCAGGCGGACUCUUAACCACUGCGCCACCAGGGAGGCCCGAGAACUUAUUUUAUAUGAGAAUUUGCCCAGGCUAGCACAAUUUUUUUUCCCCAAACUUGUUCAGAAUGUGAUUUCCUUUUGGUUUCAUAUUAUUCUCUAAAGGAUGAAUUUAAAACCAAGGAAAGGCCCCCUAAGCAAAAAGAACUGCCUAAAUUACUAUACUAUGCUAUUGAUAACUGGAAGAAAUAGGAUAAUAGUCU